AUGUCCUCUCACGAACCCUCACCCACGCUGCCAGCCUCCGCCGAGUCUUCUGCUCCGGAGACACGCUCCACGCCUUCCCCCACGCCAGCCCCCAGUGCCCCUACGAACGGUGCGGCGCUGUCAAGUCCGGAUAGCUGUCCGUCGCAAGAAGUCGAAGUCCAACUCGCGCAGAACGCCUCGGGCGCUGAAGCCGUGCUCAAUGACGCUAGCUCUGGCGAGGAGGAGAGCGAGGAGCCAGACAGCGAAGAGCCCGACGAAAGUGACGACAAGGACUGGAGUGAUAACGUCGGCUCCGCUGGUGAGGAAGAUGUGACCGGAGAGAGCGCAGAGAGCGAGGCGGAUGAGGAGGAAGAGGACAUCAGUAUCAAUUUGCUUGACGUUGAUGUCCAGCAGUGCGUGACGAACCUGAUUCGAGACGACGUGCGCGAGCGGCGCUGCUUGCAAGGCAAAGCGGGCGAGUUGGAGUGGUUGAUGUGCUCGCUGGGGCAGAUGUCCAAGCCGGAGAAGACGAUUUGCAUCCUGACGCUUCUUGGCGUGCUGAUGCAGACAGACACAGCCGAGAGACGUCGUGGCAAUGAUGAACGCGAGAAGUUUCACUACUACUUACCUUUCGUUGGGCGCGUGCGCCGUCCUUCGUUUGCCCGAUGCCUCGGCGUGCAGCCGCUUACCAUUCAGCGCUACAAAAGGCGCGUGCGUGACGGCAACAUUGCUGCCAAGGUGCACGGCAAUCGGCUCAACAAGAAUACUUCGAAGAUCUAUCUAGUUUGGUUGGUCAAGUGGUUCAAGGAGUUUGCUGCUGAAGUCGGCGAGAUGGUGCACGUGAGGGUGCGCAUGCAGAAAACCAAGAACGGUAUGAUGGAGAAGUACUACAGUCGUGAAGACUGCACGCUGCUACCUGCUACGUUUACCUGGGAGACUCUGUACGACGAGAUGCACAAGUUUGUGAGUCUCGGUUUGCGCGUUUGUGAGCCUGCACGCUCCACUUUCCGCAAGUUGCUGUCCGUCCACUGCCCCAACAUCAAGAUCCGUUCCGCUCAGUCCAAUUCGAGGAUGCGUCGCGGGGCUUCUGCUAAACAAGUGGAGGAGCUGGGCCAACACACGGAGUCUGCACGUCGAAUGAGACGCGAGUACAAGAUGGACAAAGCUGCUGUCCAUGCAAGCGAUGGAAGCAGCGGUGAUGUUGCAGUGAUUGUUAUGGAUUUUUCGCAGAAUUUGACGAUUCCUUCGGUCACCACCACUCCGUCGCAGUGGUAUUUCUGUUCACUGCUUGCAGUGAACGUCUUCGGAAUUUUCUACGAAAACGAGGGAGUGCAGACGAACUACGUCUACGACGAAUUUGUGAGUGGAAAAGGAAGCGACCAGAUCAACUUAAUGCUUCAGCACUUCAUUCGCACCGUGCUGCUCCCUGCCGGCAAGAAGCAUCUCAUUGUGUACGCGGACAAUUGCUCAGGCCAGAACAAGAACAAUCAUGUUAUCAAGUUUUUUCUUACUCAAGUUCAGAUGGGUGUCUUUGACCGCAUCGACUACAAGUUCUUCGUGAAGGGCCAUACCAAGAACUCUUGCGACCGUGGCUUUGGCCACAUUCGCCGCCACGUUGGCCGCGCAGACUGCUGGACGAUGGACCACAUCUUCUUCAAGAGCUACAAGCCGCUCGUGACGGAACUUUACAAGAAGCUAGUGGGGGUACAGCAGUACCAGAUCUUUCGUAUGGAGACGGCCAAACCCGGGGUAGUGCAGUGCAAGAAGGGACCAGACGACGAGCCCGUGGAGCAGGAUCUACGGCGCAAGGUUGACGGGGUAUUGACAGAGAGCACUAUGGUGGAGCGGAUGCUCACCCACUUCCUGGAGGACCUGAGCCCUCCGUCGCUAAAUGCGGAGAAGAUGACCGAGCUCUACAGCAAGAUCCGCCCGUACGUCCCUGAUGAGUUUCAGGAUGAUCCUAUCUACGCUGCCCCAAGCCAAGACCAGCAGGACGACGCUAAAUCAGCAAAACAAGCUCGCAGAGAGCAUCGGGCAGCAAUGGCAAAGGCCGCGAAGCAGAACAGCGACCGCCGAGGAAGAAACGAAGGCAACACGAGUGCAGCGACGAAAAAGAGAAAGACAAACAGCGAAUAA